GUCGACAUGGUCAACGGCGCCGCAGCCGUGCUGGAGCCGACUUACCAUGGCUACGUCGCGACCACCCAGGAUGCCUUGAUCCUCUUCGAAGCCUGUCUCACCGGCGUGUUACACCAUGUGCCGCGACGACCUCACGAUCGAGAGCGCAGUCAUCUCGUGCGCAGCGGCAGUGUUUUCAUCUACGAAGAGAACUCUUCCGGCAUCAAACGAUGGACCGACGGCGUCACCUGGAGCCCCAGCCGUAUCCUCGGCAAUUUCCUCGUCUACCGCGAGCUCGACAAGCCCUUCCCGCCCGGCGAGAAGAAACGUGCCAUGAAGAAAGGCAAUCGCCGUCCCGGCCAGCCCGCUCGUCCCGGUGAGCCUUAUGCUCGCCCAGAAAGCAACGGCCAGGCCUACUCGCCCACCACCCCGUCGUCCGCCUUCGGGGACCGCCCAGCGCAGUCUGACGUUGAACGCGCUCUGGUCGGCUCCCUCGUCGAUUCUUACGGCUUCAAAGAUUCCGGCUUGGUGAAGAAGACAAUGAGCGUCACUGUGUCGGGCGUCACCCAUCAUCUAGUGUCCUACUACAGCGUCGAGGACGUCUUGAAAGGCAUUUUGAGCCCGCCAUCCAUGCACGAAGAGUUGCGUUUUGUUCGGCCCCGUGGCGAGCUGACAACGAAGCAAAGUUUCCGCGCCCCCAUUGAUGAUGUGGACACUGGCCUGGAGAGCCCUCAUGAUCCCUCACAGGCGCUGUAUGGAUACCGCCCAGCCCUCGUGACGCCGUCUGCGUAUGGGAUGCCAAAUCCCCACCCCGACUACUACAUGCAUAGUUCCACAUAUGCAUCCCAUCCCUCUCAAACCGGGUCAAUCUCAGCUUAUCCGAGCGGACCCCUCCCUCCUCAAACCUCCUCCAAUCCAUACCUACCUUCUCCCUCCAACUCCUCACACAUGGGUCUCAAGCCUGACACAGACCAUUCCUCCUUCCGUACGAACCCGUACGGAUCAGCUUUUGAUUCUAUGAGCCAGAAUCACCUCCCAACCACUCUCCCCCCUGCUCUAAACACAACGGGACUCCCGAAUUCGUUGGAUCGGAAUCGGUCACACCAGACCAGCAGCCCCAGCAUUUACCGAAAUGCUUCGAUUCCGUCUCGCAGUUUGACCACGGACCUAUCGCCUCCCAACGACCCGUCUCCGACAGCCAACUCAUAUUCCCGAGGCACCUAUAACUUACCGGGGCAAUUGGAUAAUGCCUCGACUCAGUCCCUUGAACAACGAAAUAUUGCGGCCGCCUCGUUUGACCCGACAAUCCCGCGUCGAGAUACAGCGACGAUUUCUUCCUAUUAUACCGGUAGCGCAGACCGGCAGAGCUACUACCCUGGUGUAGCUCAUUCCAAUUAUCCAACCGCUCAACCCAUGUCUGCCUGGACGACUGCCGCUCCAGCUCAGCCGGGGAUACGGCAGCAGCAGCUAUUCAACACGACGUCGUAUUUGACUAGUACUAGUGGACUUUCCUCACGGAAUGGAGUGGUUGGGUCGAGGCGGGAGUUUGGUUUUUGCACGUCGUUGAAGAGGGGUCAGUCGGGUCAAUUCAGAUUUGCAGGGAGUACUGGGCAAAAGCGAUGGAGUGGAAGCUCAAAUCCGCCUGAAGGGCAGACGCCUGGAAAGACUGAAAAUGGUGACAAAAAGAAGCCUAGCCUAUUAUCCAAACUGCCAGGCCCCGUGGUGCACGAGAACAUCUACACAGUUCCAAACCUGCUGACGUUCUCGCGGCUGCUCGCUGCCCCAGCGGUGGGGUACUUGCUCGUGCAUAACCACCACGCAGCAGCAUUAUCUCUGUUUGCGUAUGCGGGAAUCACAGAUCUGGUUGACGGAUACAUUGCGCGCCGCUACAAUCUGCAGACGGUUGUCGGCACCAUCAUCGAUCCGGCGGCUGACAAGCUGCUGAUGACGAUUAGCGUCGUGUGUCUUGCGUUGAACGGGUCGAUGCCUGCAUGGCUAGCCGCCUUGAUUCUCGGUCGAGACGUCGGUCUCAGCAUUUCCGCCAUCUACUACCGUUGGGUCUCGCUACCACCGCCAAAAACCAUGGCCCGAUACUGGGAUUUCUCGCUGCCCUCGGCCGAGGUCAAGCCUACCACCAUCUCCAAAGCAAACACGGCGCUGCAGCUGUUGCUCGUGGGCACGUCAAUGGCAAUGCCAGUGGUGCCUGCGUGGCUGGCAGGUGCUUGGGGGUUGCAUGAUGGGUUGAUUGGAUUACAAUGCGCUGAAAUCGAAGCACCGUUGAUCUCGUCAGAUUAA